AUGUGUGUGUGCUGUGUGUGUUUGUGUGUUAUAUAGAUCUCGACAGACAGACAGACAGACAGAUGCAUGCAGUGGGUGGAUCGACCUCGCUAUUAUGCCGAAUGACCGACCUUAUUGCCGACCUCUGUCAGCACAAAACAAAAAGACCCACACAUUAUCCGUCCGUCUCAUCGCCUAACGACACACGACACACUGAGAGGAGAGCAGCUCUACAAAUCGAGCAGCCGGCCCAAAGCGCUCUGCACAAAGUCGCUCCAUUGGACAGUCCACCUGAGGUGCAACACACAGACAGAGACAGAGACAGAGAGAGACACUUGCACAGUGCAUUUCUCUCUCUGUUGUCUUUUGUCACCUCCAGUAUCUUCUGAACACCGCACCAUCGACCCCCGCCGCCCCAAACAACCAAUAAACAAUCCUGAGAAGGCCAAAGGCCAAAGGCCAGCCAGAGGGAGAAAGUCGCACAGUUCCCGCCACCAAAGGGCGAGUGAGACGCACACACGGUUGGCAGCUGACCUGGUGUCUAAGUUGGAGAGAAGCGUGUAGGGCAGGUAAGCAUCCAUCGGCUCAUCCCCGUCGGCCACCAGCACCUGGUUGGCCACGAAGUGGGAAUUCCCCGUGUAUAUCAGCUCGAGAGGCACCGGCUGUGGCAAGGACACACACACACACACACACACACAAAUGGGCCGUCUGCUGCCCCUUUUUGCGCCUCUCUGCCAGUGCUUACCUCUUCUCUCUGGUGCGCUCUCGUCACCCGGGCAAGGGAGACGGCAGCAGACAACCCGUCCCCCUCUGCAGAAAUGUCUCCACAAGAUGAUUGAGGCCGCUGAGGCCCCUCAACACGCACCAGCCAGUCCCCCUGCCGCACCUCGGCAGCCGACACGUGCCUCUGUCUUGACAGGGCGGACUCGGCGCAGUCGCCUGCCGUCGUCAGUGGAUCGAGGCAUAUUGUGGGAAGCCGCUCACCAGCGACAAUGGGCAGGCGAUGAGAGGGGGAGAGGGUCAGAUGGAGGGGAGGGGCGGGGGCGCAUGACGUCCUGUUGUGGUGGUGCAGCGGUUCGGCCACUAAGUCGACGACCUCGGUGGUAUCAGACGCUGCAUCACGUGACAGAUGUCUCACGUGUGUCUUUCUCUCAGUGUCCUUCUCUGUCCUUUGUUUGCUCACCUGCGUAAGACUCCCUGAAGUAGACGUCAGUCAGUUCGACCCCUCUCGUCUUGCUGAAGGACAGAACCCGGUCGCCCACCACCACUUCCUGCGCCGGCACCGACUCGAGCUUACGAAAGUCCACUCUGUCCGAUGACCCCACAAGGGCCGCAAGCAGGAGACCUGCCGCCGCGGUGAGCUGCCAUGAGGACAUCCAAUGCAUCAUUGGUGGAAGGAACCAUUUGCCGAAGGAGAAGGAGUCCCAUGGGGCCGAGGGGGGGUCACGUGAUGGGGGCAGCCUCCAGAGGGAUGCGUUGGGAUCGAUGCAGGUCUUCUGCGAAAAGGACUGCACACACGUGAGCGCCUCGUCGGGCUGGCCGACCCACGAGCCGUAGAGACACUGGUAGUCUACACACACACGCACACACACAAGUCUCAGAGAUGCUUCGGUCUCCCUUAUUGCCGGUGCUGUGUACGAACGUUUGCCGGAUCUCUCCCCGUGGAGCCUCGCCACUGGGUUGGCCAUCUGUUGUUGCCAAAACCACUUUAAGUAGUAGACGUGCCUACACGACAGACAGAUCAUGUCAGCCAGCGUGGAUGGAUGGAUGGAUGGGUGGAUGGCUGUCGUGUCCACCUACACGCUGCUGGGGGGCCCGAUCCGAAAGAUUCUCCAGACUUUGACAAAGAUGUUGACUGCCGCUGGCGGCCUGAUGCCCCAGAUGGUCUUCCUGCCUAGGCCGGUCUCAAUCGUGCGGCGACGCUGCAAGCAGCCUGAUGGAUGGAUGGAUGGACACACACAUAGGGACAGGCUGGUCUGUCUGUGUGUGUGUGUGUGUGUCUGUGUGUGUCGUAAUUUCACCGACCGGAUGCGCCGCCCCGGACGGUGAUCCGCUUGCCGGGUGCGUCUGUCAUCCAAUCUUGCCCGUGGUAAAGUGUCUUGGGCUCCGUCUGCCCCCCGAUGCUGCCGGCGACGUUCCAUUGGGCUGCAACGGUCUGGUUGACCUUGGAGAGCGGAGUCCACCCUUGGCAGUGAGGCGUAUAGCAGAAGGCGUAGUAUCUGCCUCGGUGCCGCCGCACCCAUGGCCGCUGCUUGACGAAGUCGUCAUAAGCAAGGUUCUCAAACUCGACAGACAAGGGGCCCGCCACGUUGUAGCGGACCAUCUUGUGGCUCUCGCGGAAGGGAACCGGGCACAUCUCUGCGAUUGUCCGGGGCGUGCGAGAGACACACACACAUGGAUGGAUGGAUGGAUGGGUGGCUGUCUUUGUUGGUGGGAUGGUUGGCAUACUCAUGCAGCUGAACGGUGAGGUGAGGUAGCCGUUGAAGCAAAUGGUCUUGAAGGCGGGCCGGGCGUCCCACGUGUCCUGUUGGGGCUCAGGCAGGUACCCGUCGGCACACCGCACCUCUGUCGCAGCGCCUGGGACGAUGAGGCCGUGCAUGGGCGGAAUGGGGUAGCCUUUCUCUGGGUGGUAGUAGUUCUGCUUCCUCCCGUCGGCGUACACCAUCUCAUAACCAAACGGCUCGCACAUCGCUGCGGUGGACAGAAGACAGGAUCACACAAACUCUGCUGUAAGUGUCCGUCCGCUGCUUCCCCCUCCCUCCCUCCAUCCCUUGGUCACUUACGAUGGCACUGCAUCUCGGGCUCGGACCAGUGGCCGUUGCUGCAGUGCACCUCUGACCUAUAAGGCGGAUCGAGCACGUUGGUGGCAAAGGUCCACCUGCACGUGGGUCUCUCUGCGGCGGAUGCCUCUGCUUCCCCUGGGUAAAGGAACGCCCCCUUAGUGCAGCACGACACCGUCCGCGUGGCCCCGUUCCUAGCGGUGCCUGUGUUGUGGGCGGUGUCCAUGCUGGUGCCGCGGCCCUGGACAAUCAUGGAGGUGCCGAAGCGAGCAUCGAGGGCGUAGUCGUCCUCAGGCACGUACUCGGGGCAGUUUGCUGCAGGCCAGCGGAUAGGACAAACAGACAGAGACAUGUGUCUAAAUGCCUGUGAUUGGGCGGCGGCUCACGGACCUUCGCAGAUGAGCAGGCGGCUGGUGUACUCGCCGUCCAGACAUCUGACGGUCUGCCGAUUGGCGCCCGCCUCAGUGAGCGACAUCGCCUGCCCACACACACAUGCCAUCACACCCAUCACAUCAACACACACAGACCUAUGGAAGGAAACAGAUGCACUUGCCGCUCUCUCUCUCUGUGUCUCCUUCCUUGUUUAGAAUGGUUUUGGUUGCUUACGCACGUCAGAGUGUCUGAUUGCGCACCGUAUCUCCAGUGACCUGCCCGAAGGGAAGAGCGACUCGGUGAGGUGGUACCUCGGCCGAACGAUCUCGUAGCGAGACUGGUUGGUCACCGCCACGUCAUUCGCCGUCGCCCACUCCACAUAGUCAAUGCACAUCUCUGACAAACAGACAGACAGACAGCGCCGUGGCUCAGCUCUGCCCUGGCUCUUACUUCUGCAUCUCAACUGGAGGGGCCACCAGCUGCCGUCGUUGCAUUCAAUGGUCUCCCCCUCCGAGCCGCUCACAGCCGAGUACAUCUUGGCGCAAAACACCACCACGACAGUGCUGUGGCGAAGCGACUCGCCGCCGUCUAUGGCAUAGUUGGUGAUCGAGUCUCCCAGAUGCUCGAAAUACACAGGCAAAGGCGGGCAAUCCCCUGACGACACACACACACAUCACGUCUCUCUCUCACUGCGAUCGACCGUCUUGUCUCCCUCACUUCUGCACUGUAUGCCGGUGAGCGUCCAGACACCGUCCUGACACUCGGUGUCCUCAAUGGGCCGCGAGAGCGUCGACUCAAAGCCUCUCGUCGUAUUGCACGACACCAGCUGUCGGCUGCCGUGAAGGUAAAGAGGCAGCACUCGCCCCGUGUCGGGAUCGGUGCGGUUCUCGGCGAGCGGAGGGUUGUCCGGCGCGUCUCUCACGACGUACCUCUCCGCCUCCUCGUCAGGACGGUAGAUGGUCAUGUCCAUCCACGAGAGGCAGUUGCGGGGGCAUGCAAGUGUGGGACGGGUCCACUCGCCAUCGUCGCAGUUGAUGGUCUCGUUCUCCGGUGGCGGAUGUGGGCAGAACACGGGAUCACACUUGAGCACGAAGGCUGAUCCGUGCAUCCACAUUGCGUCGCUGGGGGAGAAGAAGGGAUUCGAUUUGUCCUCCUGAGUGAGGCGCAACACGUCGUGAGGGAUGGAUGCGGGCUUCAUGCGUGUGUCUGUCUCUCUCUCACGUCAGUGAGGGACCCAGGCCUUUUGCAGAACUCUGGUGGGUCGCAGAGCAUCCGCUGGGGCUGCGGCAUCUUGAAAGGCGGACAGCGGGCUAUAAAGACACACUUACAGUGGAUCGUUAUGAUCCAUUCGCCUUGUUUCUCACGAUGGCAGAAGUGCUGCAGCUCUGUCCACUUGCCGUCGAGACACAAGACGUCACACGCGUGUCCGCUGCAGUCCUCCACCUCGAUAGGCACACCAGCCACCUCCCUCCUCUCCUUCAGGCGCGUCAUCGGGCUCGUCAGAUCGUAACCCUCCGUGCAGUUGACGGCCAUAAAGUCGCCUUCGCGGUAGCCGAUGGAGCGGUCGAGCGGCUCAUUGAGAGGGCGGGGGGGAUACAGCUUCAAGAAGUUGAAGGCCUGGUCUAACAGUUUCUUCUCGCCCACUGCAUUGACCAGCUCGUGGUAGUUUCCACUGAAGCUGACAUUGUAGAGGGGGGAGAGCUGCAGGAAAUCCGCACCGGGGCAGUUGCCUGUGUGUCGACACACGUACACAAAGAUGCAAAGACAAAGACUACGUUUCUCUCACGUGUGUGGUCUUCCUUACGCUUGCAGCGGAUGGCCUGACGCCCCCAGGUGCCAUUGUAGCAGACAACAUUGUCAGGCUGCGUCUCCUGCCAAGUCGGAUCGCUCCAUCCGUCCGCACACCUGAUCCACCGCCAGCUGUUGUGCCUGAAGUACCGGUCUCGCGUGAGGUGCGAAGACCGCAUCGAUUCUUGCGGCUUGGAGAGGUAAGCGAUGCCGUCGCUGUCGUAUGUGAGAGUCGACGCUUCGAAGGUGGGCAGAUGGGAGAAGGCGUAUGCUUCGACAGGGAGAAAUGGGGGAUAGUAGGGGCUGCAGCGGCCAACAGGCGACGGCAAGACGACCGUAAACAAGGGAAACAAAUCGUGUUCGUGUCCUGAAAAUCGUGUGUCUCGCGCCUACGUCGGCAUUGUAUCGUGAUGGGCUCGAAACGGCCAUUAUGGCAGCUGAGGGGCUGCUGAUAGUCGGGUUCAUGAGGCGGCAUGGCAGCGAAGCCGCGAUACGGGUCACGGCUGCCUGAUAAAGACAACGAUAAGGUGUCUGUGCGUGGUUUGAUGUGUCUGUCGUUUCCUCUUCUGUCACCCACCACGGCACUCGACGUAUUCGAUGUCGCCAUGCUUAUACGCGUCUUUGAUGGCACUCGCGGCCUUGACGUACUCGACACCAGCGAUGUACCGCUUCUUCAGAGGCGGGGGGCUGUCGGCUGCACAAACACCGCCAGACAAGGUCGGCGUCUGUCUGUGUCUGCUUCCUGCCCUUUAUUUAUCUAGCGUGUCUGUAUCCGCCGCAGACAGACCUUUGCAUUCAAAGUCUCUCGGCGUCCAGAGCCCGUCCAUGCACCGCAGUGUGGUGCAGUCGUCGGACCCAAAGCCCUUUUUCCACCCAUCCCUCUCCCCAGGCCUCCCGCAGCUCACCGUCCUCCAUGCCGGUGCCUCCACAUCAGGCCCUUCGCGCGCUGCGCACCUAAACACCACACACGAGCCGUGUCUCGGAAAGGAGCUCAGCUGGAAAUCGGGUGUGGGCCGGGCGUGAGGCGUUGUGUUGGUGGAUGGGGGAGGGGGAGGUGACGCCGGCCCCUCACACGCUGUGGUGUUACUGAGGUCAUUGGCGGAGUCCGCCACACGGAAGCUGUACUUGAAGGGGUCGAUCAGGUCGGCAAGGUCUCGACACGACCCUGACAACGGCACACAGAGCCCUCAUGGAUGUGUCAUGCUAUUCCCUCUUAUCAGCUGACUUUUGCAUGAGAGGAAAGGCAUCGGGGGGCCCCACUCGCCCCGCAGGCACGCAAUACUAGCCUGUGCACCGGGCCUUGCCGUUCCGUUGAAAAAUGACCGCUCAUUCGCACACCGCACAUAGAGCACAUCUCCGUGCUGAUACUCGCCGCCCGCCCGCUGGCCCAACACCUCGUAAGCCGCGUCCAUGCCAGGUGCACUGCACUUCUCUGCAACAGGCAACAAUCCACAGAUGCACGGCAAGGCAGAGACACUCUGGACAGGAAUGUUCCCUCCCAUGGUGUGUGGUAACUGACUGUUGCACUGGAAGGGCGGCGGGAAGGGCGACCAUGUGCCAUUGAUGCACACGGCCUCGGCCUGCCCUGGCUGUCUCGGGGUGGCGGAUGCGCCGCUGAGCGUCGAGCAUUUUAUGUUGAGUUUGGUGCCGUGGGGCAGCCAGGCCUCGGUCGUUUCCUGCCCAGAGGUGAGGGACGCCUCGUACAGGUCGGGGAACUCGAGCUUCUGUGCCGGAUACGGCUGGCAAGGAGCUGAAGAGAGAGAGAGACAGACAGCACGGCAAAGCAAGUCUGCCAUACUUGCUGGCGGCUUCUUGAUCUGCUGACCCACCCAUGCACUUCAGCAAAGCUCCCGUGAUCCUUCCCCUGUCGCAGACCAGCGUCUGCGCCCUAUCGGCUUUCCCCGCAUCCGGCACAAACGUCCUCUCCGUGUUGCAGCGAACGGUCAGCUCAGUUCCGUGAGGCUGCCAGACGUCACUGCGCAUUCUCGAUACCUCCAGUGGGUCGGUGAUCUCGAUGAUCUGCUCCGGGGCGGGGGCCUUGCGCGCAGAGAAGAAUUGCCGGGGAUCGAGGGUCGAGGCCCUUCUGGCAGCUCUUGGAAAGAUGUAGGCAUCAAAAGGGUGGAAAGAGGGAAAGGCGGGGCAGUCCGGCCCGCAGAUGACGUGUUGUUUGCUGAAGUCCCCCUGGCUGCAGACCAGCGCCUCUUCGUCAGGCCCCAUAUACGGGUGGUAGGGCUUCAUGGCCGCGCAUCUGAUGGUCACGCGAGUGCCGUGAGCAGAGGUUCCUCGCAGGGCAGCCUCGUUAUCGAUGUCAUAGAGGUCGAUUGCUGAUGGGGGCUCCGGUGGACCGUCUGGCGGCCAGUAAUUGCGAUGCAGCUCGCCACCGACAUAGGCAGACGAUGGGCCGAGAAGCUUCACAGGGAGACAGGGUACUGUCAGACAGAGACACCAAGAGACGAUGUUGGUGUCCUGUGUCUGUGUGUCUGUGUUGCUCACGUUGGCAGUGGAUGGACACCCGCCCCCACUGGCCGUCUGCACACGUGACGGUCUCUUCUUCAUUGGGCAUCUCCCUAUCCUUGACAGCACUGACUGCGGGGUCCCUCUGACACAUGACCCUCAGCUUGAAGCCGUGGGCAAACGACCGGGCCUGGGCGAUUUCCCUCUGCGGCGGCUCGGUUCUAAAUCGCCCCUCAGGUAAAGGGAACCAUGGGCCACAUGGUGCUGGAGACCAGAGAGACAGAGAGCGAAAGAGACGUUGACGUGCGAACGUUGGCUUGGCCUGCGCACCUCUGCAAUGCAAUCGAUUGGGCGUCCAGACUCCCUCCAGACAGGUGAGGGUCUGCCGGUCGAUCACGCUUUCCAUCAUUGUGAUGUCGGGGACCUGCGUGCAGCUGAUCUCUGCAGUGCUGCCAUGGCGGAAAGGCGGACUCGAUCGGCCGUUGUAGAUGACCUGGUAGGCGUUGGUCUGCCCUCGACCCUGGUACAGCUCUGGAUAACCCAUGCACUGCUCUGCCCAUUGCACACACACACACACACACACACAUAGAUGGAGGAAAAAGUCUCGUUUUGGAGUCCUUCAUGCGAGUGGCGGUUUGCUCACUGAAGCACUGCAGGUCACUCCGAGAGUACUCAUCAACGCCGCCAAGAUCGCCCCCCUCACACUUGACGAUAUCGGACGCUUCGGCGCCCCCCACCCUCUCAGGCUCGGCGUAGCCGUUGCGGCUGUCGCAGGACAGCCGAACCGCCGUGCCAUAAGGCACCGUGGUGAUGUUCUCGACCCUAGUGCCUUCCAUGCCGACAUACUCGACGUCAAACAUGAGCUCGGCCGUUCCGUUGCCCACAUAGGGGUGAGGGCCGCACGGAGCUGACAGCACCGACACAACACAGUGGUAAGUCGAGUCUCUUUGUUGACCGAUUACUCUUGCAAUCAAGCUGGUAGUCUGUCCACUUCCAGUUGCGGGGAUCGUCGCAAUCGGUGUCCUUGCCAUAGAAUGUGCACCCGACGGUUUCCGAGGCCUCCUGCCCUUCACGUGGCACCGAUCCCGCCCCACACGAGAUGGAGACGGUUGACCCUGGCGGGAGCAGACGAAUCGUGGCUGUCGGGGGAUCCAGCACGUAUAUGUGGGGGUUGAGGCCGCGGAACCGAAAGGGAGGGCACUGGCCGUGGCAUUCAAGGACGACAGGGCUCCAUGCGCCGUCGGUGCACUGCACCUUCUGGAGGGUCGAUUGCAGUGCCGCAUUGACUGGUGGCAGAUAGCCGGGCUGGCACGAUACCGUCCGCUCCGCCCCCUCAGCGAAGCCUGUGUCUCCCCCAUCGACGCGAUACCUCUUGUCAGACAAGGGCUGGACAUAGUCAGGGGGCUGCAGCAGAGUCGACGGGCACGGCUCUGCCAAAAAACGAAAGAGAGACAGACAGAUCGAAGACCAUCUGCAGCACCGGGAGACAGAAUCUCUUACGUUUGCACGGGAGAUCUAGCUCAUCGAUGAGGCCGUCGCUGCAGAAGAGGCUCGUCACAGCGUCUUCGACGUGCAGAGGGGGCAAAAACGGCAGAGCGCAGGUCACCUCAAUGAGCUCACCGUGGCAGAUCCGAGACGCCCGCAGCGGGCUCAGCACUUUGUAGCGAGGCGCCUGUGCGGCUCCCAGGUCUGUUUGUGGCCACCAUGGGGUGUCACUUGGCACGCAGUCCUCUGUAGCGGAGACACAGAUGAAUAAGGAUAACAGGGGAGACAAUGUGGGGCGUACUGAGGCAUUCGAGGAUCUUUGGGGGACAUGCACCGGACUGGAUGGCACCACACUUGAUGGUGUCCUCUUCAAUAAAGCCGUGGUACGUCGUGUUGCCGACGGUCUGGCACCGGAGCGUCAGCACACUGCCGUAGUGGCCGGAGCGGCGCAGGUACUUCGGGCUGAAGACGUUGAUGCCCCUGUCGCCGAAUUUGGCCAAGUAUGCGUCGACAGGCUGCUGCAGCCGCUGGAGCUCCUUGAUAUACGGGGGGCACAUCUCUGAAAGCGCCGCAACGGUUGGGAAGGGAUGUACGUGUGUGCGUGUUUUCCUUGUCAUGUGUGUGUGUUCCUCUGUCCAUAUACUUCUGCAGUCGCAGCUGCAGUCGUCCGGGGUCUUUUCGACGUCGCAUUCUUCGUUCUCUGCCUGCACUUCGCCGUCGCCACAACGCUGGUCGAAGUCUGCCGAGGAGAGGAGGAAGCGGUCGCCGCUCACAUCAUGCAGAAUCAUGUCUCCAGUGUCUCCGGGAUGUUUGGCUGCUUACUGAGGAGCUCAGAUAUCUGCUGAACAGCGCCUUUAAUGUUGUUCUGUAGCCUGCCUAUGUUGGCGUAAUGAAAGUAGCGGAUGCGGCCUAGAUAAGCAGCAGUGAGAAAGAGGGGAAGAACCAUCCAUCCAUCCACUGACUGUUGGUCAGAAAUCGUCAAAUCGUACGUACCUCUGAGACAUCUCUGCCCCCGGUGGUCACAUCCCAACGUGAGCGGGCUCGGCAGCAUCAAGUUGGUCACUAUCAGGUCGGGCAGCCGCACCUGGACCUUGAUGUUGCCCAUCAUGAAGAUCUGCAUCGUCGACUGAGACACCACAAAGUGAAACACAAACCCUCUCUCCGACCGCCAACAGAUCUUGGCCAUCCCUGGCGGCCUCCCCUCGCCACCUGCCGCCUCCUUUCCUCCUUGUCUCGGCUUCUCGGGUGCCGUGCCGUUGUGAAUGGGGUCGAGAAGGCCGAUGUAGAGGUGGUCAGGGUCCCAAUCACCGUCCUCGUCAAAAGCUGCCACGGCCCCCAAUCUGAAGCCCCAGAAGUUGUCCAGAAAUACGACGGGCUGCUCGGGGGAAGGGGCGCGGUCGAAUGCGAGAAGGAGGGUGAAUGUGAAGCCCUCGCUCUGGCUUUCCGCCCAUCGGAAGCAGACUCUCUUAAGGCCAUUCGGCGCGGUGAUCACAUAUCGGCCUGACGAGUGGGAGAAGGGACAGUAAUGAAAAGACAGCCUUGGAGAGCAUCUCACCUGGCGCGAAGCCGAGCCAUGUGGUGCCGCCACUAGGAGGCUUGUCACUGCAACAUAAGAGAGAAAAGACACCAGGCACAAGGAUCAUGCAUGAGGCCAGACGUACAAAUGAAGCAAACGGCUCACAUCUGGUGCAAGUGAGGCGGGUGGUCUUCACCAUCGAAGAUGACUCCCUCCGUCCCGAGAGCGGCGUCCUCCCACCGCCAUGGAAGCCGUUUGUCCUGCGCAGUGACCUUGAGAGAGAUGACCUCGGCCCGGUGAACAAGGCAGACGGGCAGCAGCUCGCCCUUUGCAAUGACCCCCUCCGUCUCCCUCCAUCGUGCAUCGCCAAUCGUCUCCCGCAAUGCGUCCUCUUCAGGGCCGCCGGCAAGGCUUAGCCAUUCUGUCUGUGUCGCCGUCUCAAAGCGUUGAUUCUCUGACAGCAGGCUUGGCGCUGGCGACGGUCUUGUUGCAAGCGGCAACAGUGCCGUCAAAACGAUGGCCGCAGGGCAGCAACGGUGUCUGGAAGGCAUCUGCGC